AUGACCCAUCAAGUACUCAUACAAAUUGGAUGCCAUCUGGGACUAAUAUCUAAACAAGUGGAUUUAUUCAUUGAAACUCCAACCCAUUGCUCACAUGUCUACGUUUCAGUCAACAUUAUCCGAAAUAAUGGUAAAUUAAAAAGAGAGCUUUUCAGUCGGCCGAUAGUAUAUUACAUCGAAUUUGGUCCUGAUGAUUAUGAAGAUCCGGACCUCGGAACGACGCUUAGAUUUCUGCGCAGGAAACUUGUGGCGCUUUUGCAAGAGAAUGAGCUUUUGACUAAGCAUAAUCAACAGGUGAAUUAUAUUCAGUGCGAUAAAUUGCAGCUCUUCAAGAAAGAACGCUUGUUGACUGAUGAUGAAGAAUUCCUCUGUAAUAUGGAUGUCAACACGGGCGAUAAGCUAACUUGUAUCGCUCAUAUUUAG